CUGAGGCACACUGUGGGACGCAAUGGCUGCGUGGAGCCAGCGGCUGGCCGGCGUGCGUGGGGUGCUGCUCGAUAUCUCGGGUGUGCUAUACGACAGCGGAGAGGGCGGCGGAAGGCCGAUCGCCGGCUCCGUGGAGGCGGUGGCGAAACUGAAGCGGUCCCAGCUGAAGGUGAGAUUCUGCACCAACGAGUCCCAGAAGUCACGGGGGAAGCUGGUGUCCGUGCUGCGCCGACUGGGAUUUGAUAUUUCCGAGGAUGAGGUGACUGCCCCGGCGCCCGCUGCCUGCCAGAUCCUGAAGGAGCGAGGCCUGCGGCCACACCUGCUGGUCCACGAUGAAAUCCGCUCAGAAUUCGACCAGAUUGACACAUCCAACCCAAACUGUGUCGUGAUGGCAGACGCCGGUGAUGGCUUUACAUAUGAGAACAUGAACCAAGCCUUCCGGGUGCUCAUGGAGCUGGAGCGGCCCGUGCUCAUUUCCCUGGGGAAAGGGCGUUACUACAAGGAGACCUCCGGCCUGAUGUUGGACGUCGGUGCCUACAUGAAGGCCCUUGAGUACGCCUGUGGCAUCGAAGCCGAAGUGGUGGGGAAACCUUCUCCUGAGUUCUUCCAGUCUGCCUUGCAAGCCAUGGGGUUGGAAGCCCACCAGGCCGUCAUGAUCGGCGACGACAUCGUGGGGGACGUGGGCGGUGCCCAGCGAUGUGGAAUCCGAGCGCUGCAGGUGCGCACCGGCAAGUUCAGGCCCAGCGAUGAGCGCCAUCCAGAAGUGCAGGCCGAUGGGUAUGUGGACAACCUGGCCGAAGCUGUGGACCUGCUGCUGCAGCACGCACACAAGUGACGCAUGGGGGCGGGGUGGCCUCUAUCUCCUCCCACCCUGACCACACCCCCCACCUUCUGCCCUGUGCAGAUAGGUGAGGGCCACCCUUCCUCCCACACCACCUAGCCUCCUGGACAGAUGGGUGUCCCUUUCACGCUCCAGCUUCCCUGCCUGGGCUGAUGGGCAGGGACACCCGCGGGCUCAGGCAGGAAGGUGCCUCGGGGAGCGCCAAGUCCCAGAACACUGAACCUAGCGUCAUGCCCGCAGCAGGCUCCGCCCACUGUCUGCAUCAGAUCUGCACGUGUGCGGGGGGCCGGGAGGACUAGGGGGCCCCCACACCCCCGCUCAGCAUGGCCAGUGAGCUCUCUGCCUUCCCAACAAUGGCUGGCCUCUGUGGAAGGAUGCUGGGGCUGUGCUUCCUGCUGGGAGGGGCGCUAACCAUGCAACCUGGCCAGGCCAGAGUGUGUCACGCCCUGCACCUACGGGAGGAAGUGACACCCCAAUAAACUUGGCCUGCAGCAGCACCCUUGGCACCAGGCUCUGCCUGCUGGGGAGGGACACUGGGACCUGAGCAGGUCCUGCAGGGUGCCAGAGUCCCUGGACACCUGUGAACCCACUCCUUCCAGACAAGGUGACCUGGGCAGCCAUGCUGGCUGAGCGCCCCAAGGCCAGGAAGCAGUGAGCAGGACUUUGUGGACCAAGCUGGGGUGACUUUGUCACCAAGCCUCAGGGUCAGUCAGCUGAAGGGCAAACGUGAUGGCUGUGUUGCUUCUGCACCCACUGUGGAAGCAACCCUCGGUCCUGCCCAGUGGGGUUGUCACCCAUGGGAGCAGGCGAGGAGGAACCCCUGGCCCAGAAUCCCAACAUCCAGCCACAUGCCAUGGCUGCCAGCCAGCAGAGCCAGGCACUUGCAGACUCUAACAUAAGCAGCAAAGGGGCCGAGUCUGUUUAGGAGGAGUGACCACUGGCCCGGUCAGAGUCUCUGGUGCCACUGGUUAGCCAGAAGAUGCCCAG